AUGAUCAGAUGGCACAAUCAUCGGACCCAAGGUCGGUCAGACAUACAUCGAGAGAAAACGAAGAAAAUCACUAAUACUGCACAGAUCCCAGUGAGCACACCCGGUGCCCUUACGGCGGAGUUCAUGGAACUUCUGCGCCAAAAUGAAACGCUCACUACACCAGCCCUCAAACUGCUCGACUUGCACUUUUGCCUGUGGGAAUGCUACGUCGCCAAAACUGCCGAGAAAUGGCGACUCGAGCAUGAGCAGCGACAGCUUCAAGAGCCAAAUGAGUGGCUAGCAAACAACAGCGACAUCCUUCUGCAGCUCUGCGAUGAGCAGGCACUGGUUUUGCGGGAUCGCAGACAACCGGUUCAGAUCCGCUAUAAUGGUGUGCAAGCUAGCGAUGCUUAA